AUGCAGGGGGACGAGCAGCUAGCUAAUAAAAAUAUAGCAGAUGUCUCAGGAAUGGCUACUUGUAUUUAUUGCGUCGAUUUGAAACCUCUGCCUCAAUAUGUGGCUCGAACAAAAACCACUACCAUUAUUAUAUCUGUGCAUCCCCAACCCUUUACAAGAAAGGCCGCUACUUCAGAUAAUAAGACUGAGGGAGUGAGAAGGCAUUUCCACAAAAGUUUUAAGGAAUUAUUUGAAUAUUCCAUAGCAUUGGAAGUAAUCGAAUUGGUCCGAACUACCAAGUUCACAUCACUGGCACUUUUUUCUUCAAAAGCAAGACUACUUCUACCAUCUCAACCACCAUUGCAAAAUAUCAUAUAUCCACUCAUUGAUAGGCUUGACGAUCUCCUCUCGAUUAUCAUUAGGAUACCCUCUAAGUUAAGCCCCGCAACAAAAUUGGUUACUCUCGAUGAUCUCAAGCCACAUGCUAUCCAAAAAAUGAAUGAUGUCCUACUGAAGGUUUUAUUCUCGUUUUUGGUACCUCUGGACCUUUUAUUCUUCAAAAUUUCAACUAUUUUUGGAGUCGUCAUACAAGCCUCACUAUCGAAUUAUUCAAUCGAUCUUUGCAAGUCUGGAGGAGUUUUCCACAUUUUUAAAUACCUUCUUAGUGCUGCUAUAAUCCCAACAAAUAUUCUGCUUUCUAAUUUAAUAUUAUUCUUUUUUCACCGCAAUUUAACAGAAUAUGUUCCCUCUGAUCAAUGUGAGCUAAAAAAGUGUGUUUUGUUAUGUUCGAUCCUUUUCUCUAGCCUUAUUAAUUUAUGUUAUGAUGGUUUUAAAAGGGCUUUAGCGCAUACGUCUUUCAGAGAAACCAGUCAAGGAGCCUUCAAAAUACAUCACAAAUCAGAGUUUUAUCUGGUCGCAUUGAUAUACGUAUUGUUGUGUCAAAACUAUGCACUUUUAAACGAAACAUUAGCAAUCUUUCAAGAUGAAGCUUAUUUAUCGAAGUUAUUUCUUUACUCUAAGUUAUCCAGGGUGCAAGCUAAAGCGUUCAUUCCUGUUUAA